AUGGUGUUGCCAAGCUCUGGAACCUUGGGAGGAUGUUGCCAAACUUUGGAACCCUGCGAAGAUAUUGUCAGAUCCUGGAACCCUAGGAUGACGCUGCCAAACCCUGACUCUCAAACAGCGAUGGUGUAUUCUAAUUUUCUGAGAGAUUUUAAAACUGUUACAGAGUAUAACUCUGCUAUCCAUCAGAUUACAUCUCAGUUGAAACUCUGCGGAGAAAAUGUUACUGAAAAUGAUAAAUUGGAGAAGACUCUCUCUACCUUUCAUGCUUCGAAUGUUGUGCUGCAACAGCAGUAUCGUGAGAAAGACUUUCAAAAGUGCUCACAGCUCAUUGCAUGUCUUCUAUUAGCUGAGCAAAAUAAUGAGUUAUUGAUGAAAAAUCAUCAGUCCCGGCCCAUUGGUUCCAGUCCGUUCCCUGAAGCGAACGUGACAUUUUCUGAACGAGGCCGAGGACGUGGUCGCGGUCGCGGUCGUGAGAGUCAACGCGGUCGAUAUACCCCUUACAAUCGCCGCAGUUUUGACAUUAACAAGAUGCAGAGUAAACCCCAACAUGGGGAUAUAGCCGAAAAGGAUAAACAGGGAAAGAGGCAAAUCGGCAGUUGUAAUCGGUGUGGCAUUGAAGGCCAUUGGGCCAAUACCUGCAGAAUAGCCAAACACCUAGCCGAUCUUUAUCAAGCCUCACUGCAGAAAAAUGGGAAGGAGGUCGAGACUAAUUACGUUGAUAACGAUGACGACCCCGAUGAUGAUCUUUUGGAUUACGACACAACGCAUCUUGAUAUAGCGGAUUUUGUCGUAGAUCCAUCAAACCCCCAGUGA